UAAUAAGAGAAAAUACGAUGUGUUUACGGUCGCGCAAGCAGCGGCAAAUCAAGCUACAGAAGCUGACUAGACUUUAGUAUGCAACAAAGUUUGCGGCAAAUACAUACACGCCACACACACACACACACACACGCACGCACCUGUACUGUAGUUGUAGCUGCUUGGUAAGGCAACCUGUUUAUAGCCUUGGGACACUAUGAAGGUUUACAGGCUGCGUUUGGUGAAGCUGUUGCUGCUGGGCUUCAUACUGGCCAAUAUGCUGUUCUUCUAUUACACCUGGAAUUCCUUGUUCUGGCGACGCAUCAGCAAUGCUCUGACCGGAGGUGCUGCUGAGGCCAAGGCAAAGAGCGUGAGCGCCAAGCUGACGCCAAAGGAUAAGACGCGCAAUGCCAACAAGCAUAUACGCAAGUCGAUUACCAUUGUCUUCUAUGGACACUAUAACUUUGAGCAGGAUCUGCGCGCCAGCAUUGACAGCAUCUUGAACAUCGUACCCAACAUGCCCAUCCUGGUGCUGCAGGAAGCUGGCGCCGACUAUGCGUAUCCGCCCAUUAGCCUGGAGCGUAAUCUCACCAACGGCGAGGAGAACACUGUGCGCUUCAUGCCGCUGGGCUUCGAUGUGCGCAGCACACAUGAGCAACUGAAUCCCUUAGCGGCCAUACGCACCAGAUAUGCACUCCUAAUGCCAGAUAGUGUGCGUCUAAAUGGCAAGAACUUGCUGCAAAAGAUAUUGCGUGAAAUGAACACCAAGCUUAAACUCAAGACAAAGGAUGCGCCACAGCCACAAAGAGUAACUGUGGCGCCCGAUGAAAUAGUGCGUCAGCUGCUGCUUGUGCCCUUUGCUGGCAAUUUGAAAUCCUUUAGCAGCUGUGCGCAAUUGCACUUGGAUCUGCCGAACUGGACUUUGGAGCUGGAUGCACGUAAUGAUAGUUUGCAUUGCGAUAUGUUUCUGCAGAAACAUGCAAUUUUGAUUGAUGUGGCAGUGCUAGGAUCCAUGCCAGAGCCCUUCAGCUUACCCUUUCCGGAGAUGCUUUAUAUGCAAGCCAAGAUUGCCAAUUUAACGACCAGCGUAUUUGCCCAAUCCUUUAUGGAAGGACGUCGUCUGUUUGCCUCCUUUCAUACCAAACAACGUCGCUUGGAGCUGCGUCGUCGUCAGUUUCGAGAGUUGUACAAAAAGCUGCAGAUCAAGCGCUUGGUCAGGCGCACUCAUCGCAUAACUGGCAAAUCCUCAGCGCGUGAAGGCAAUUGGCAGCCACAUAGUCUAGUGCUAGAUGCACAGUUUAGUUCGUCAAACUUUUCACUGCCACUGGUCACGGACAUUGAUCUGUUUGGCUGCGAGCGCACCACCAAAUCCUGCAUAGGCAGUGUCUACAACAAACGUCCUUUUUACUAUUAUCUGGGCAAGCAUACGCCGCCCUGUUGCUUGGACAAACUGAAAACCACCUUUAACCAUGUGCUGGAGGAAUUCGAGAACGUUGGCAUACGCUAUUGGCUGGACAACUAUGCGCUGAAGAGCGCAGUGGAAACGAAUCAAUUAUCUCCCGAUGCCUACGAUAUUGACAUAAGUUUUAAUGUGCACGAUUUGGAGCGCUCGAAUGCUAUGAAGAAAUCGCAAAGCAAACCGCAUGUGGACAAUGAGGGCUUCUACUGGCUCAAAGCCACCGAUGGACACUACUUUCGUGUGCAAUUCUCUAAGGUGAAUCAGGUGGGCGUUAAUCUAUUGCCCUAUGAAAUCAGCGGCAACGAAGUACGCGCCAGUGGCUUCUUUGGCUGGAAGGCGUCCACUUUCUCCGCUGAUUAUCUGCAUCCCAUGUCGACGGUGCUGUUUCUGGGCAAGAGCAUUAUGUGUCCCAACAAUGUGCUCGAGUAUCUGGAGGCCAAGCACAUAAAGGUCAAGUCGGAAGAUAUAGCCAUAGAAGAUGAGUAGCUUAAGCGAU